AUUCGCGUAAAUGGAAGGAGGCACAAGGAAAGGAAAGGUUAUACCUACUAACUUUGGACUCAAAUAUGAUCCUCCAAAGCUUGGAAUUCAGUACUACUUCAAAGAGAAUCCUCAUAAGACUUACGUACAUGAAGUCAAGCUUGAUGACGUACAGAAUAAGAAGUCUCAAGACCUUCUUGAUGAGUUAUUCACAAAGCACAAUAAGUUUGUUGAUCCAAAGGUUGUGUCAAGGAACCAAAUUGAGAAUUUAAUUGAAAAGCUCAAGACUCAUAUGUCUGGAAACUCCCCACUAAAGAACAAAGAAAAUUUACAUGAGAAUACAAAUAAAAAUAGUGAAAGAGAAGACUGGGAAUUAGACAUCAACUCUGCUCAGAAAGAAGAACAACUAAUCAAGCCUCAAGAGUUUGAAAAGGACAUUUUCAGUGGAGCCAAUAACGAAGAUUUUAAGAAUAAUGAUAAGAAUUUCAUGCUUGAUGACUUCGAAAUGGAUAAGGAAGAUGAGAAAAUAAAUGCAAAUCAUGAUAUGUUUGAUGGGCUUGUUGACGACCUCAGUGAUCAUAAAUCUAAACCUCAUGAUACUCCAACUGAAAAUGAAACUCCACCUAAUAAUUUGCCAGACGAAGACAACGAAGAUGAUGAAGACUCCGAUGCUAUUGACAUUGAUAAUGAAGAAGAAUUGGCGGCAAGAGGACUUAAGAAAAUACAAAUAGAAGGAGAAGAAGAGGAAUUCCUUAUGGAUGGAGAAGGAAAUAUUUAUAAUCUCAAUGGAGACUUCAUCGGUACGACAAAUGGAGAUGCAGAAGAUGAUGGAGAUGAUGAAUUCUAAGCUCUCUUCCUUUGAAGGUAUCC